AUGACUGCCGCCACCACCCACCAGCCACCACUCCACAGUCCACAGCCACCCAUCUGCUACGACCGCCUGGGCUCCUGCAUCUCAGACCGCAGCACCGCCCGGUGCGCUGCAUCAAGCUCCUGCGCUCCUGCCUCGAGGGCCGUUGACGUCGCCCACCGCCAGGGGUCCUGCCUCCAGAGCCCGCCUGGUUGCCCGCCGCCGGGUCCAUCACCCGCCGCCAGGGCUCCUGCCUCCAAGAGCGUUGCCACCAGGUUCGUCACCCGCCUGCAAGAGCGCUGCCACCACCUUCGCUGCCUCCAAGAACGGCACCACCUUCAUCGCUGCCUCAAAGAACAUUUACUGAUGUCGAUGAAGUGUGGUUCAAAGAAAGCACAAGGGCGUCGUCGGAUACCAGAACCGGCGCUGCAUCCAUAUCAAUUGGUGCGCUUGAGAGAAUGCAUGAAGAACCAUGCAAGGUUGAAGGAACUUGGACUUCCUGAUCAUUACUACAACCGACUUUUGGCAGAAGAUGUUGCUGGUCAUUCUGACAAAAAUCAAAGUGAAGACAUUCAUUCUGACAAGUAUGAUCAUGGAGACUCCGAGUCUGAGUAUGAUCCUUUACAGGAUGAUAAUGGUGAAGAGGGUUUGAUUGAUCAUGACAAUGCUAAGUGCUCUAAGGAGAAGACUUGCAAGAAAACUAACAACCAAACUACAAGCAUGCGCCCUGGUGGAGUCAAAUUUCAGUCUCGCAAGAGAGUUUUUGCAGACCAAACAUCUCCUAGAGUUAUUACAAGGUCAAAGAAAAACACUGCCCAGCAAGAUGCAAGCCUGACACCAAGUGACAUUUGUGUGCCACCUCCAUCUGGAGCUAAUGAGAGCCACACUAGAGAACUUGUUGGCAACUUAGAUGAGGGCACACAGGCGGCUGCUGAAGGCCAGUUCUACUACCACAUUACUUAG